AUGCAUUUCGAUAACAAAAAUAUGGCUUUAUCUCACUUAUUUUCAGAAGCUCAUUACUCUAUUGAAGCUGAGAAGCUUUUUGACAAGCUUGAUAAGAAAUCUCCAAAUCAGCUUACAUGUUCUGAAUUUUAAAUGCUAUAAUCUUCAAAGAAAUGUCUUUAUUUUUAAUACAGUUCUUACUUUACAGAGUUUGCGAGAAUGGAAUUAGGAAAUAUUCUAACUUAUUUAAAAAAGAUGUUAUAAUAUAAUCUAGAUUAUCUAUAAAUAGAAUUAUUAUUCUAAGCCACAAGUUAAUUAAAUAAUACUAUUUUAACAGUGAAUUAUAUAUACUUUAUAUAAAUUCAGUUGAGUGGCCCAACAGUAUAAUUUUAUAACUUCUAUAUUUUCUGCUAAAAUCUUAAUUGCAAGCUAUAUUUAGAAAUUGUUUUGAAUGGAGAUAUAAAAAAGAAGACCUUUAUUCAAGGCUUCCUUUAUCUCUAAGAUUUCAUUAAGAUCACAAUCAAAGAUUUUUUUGUCAUCAAAUCAAGCUCUAUUGAUAUCUCACAACUUAAUAGAGUUAGUUUGAAUCUAGAGGAUUUCAUAAUUUAGGAUUCAGAUUCAGAUAUUUAUAGAUUUUAAAUCUUCAUCUAAGAUCCUAAAAAUAUCAAUAUUAAUAAUUUUUAACAUUCAAAAAUAAUACUUGCGGAUAAUUUGGUUUUGUUGUCAUGUUAUCUUUGGAUUCAAAAUCUGUUCAAAUAUAGAAUAAAAAUAGAAUUUUAUAAUCUGUUUAGAUUAUUGGUUAUAUCAAUAUUUUAAACUAAAAUACUGCAAUAUAGUCUGGAGAGGCUAUCUUCUCUAAGCAUUAUGAUGGUUCAAAAAUUGCAUUUAUAUAAUUCUUUAAUAACACACAAUAGUCCCAAUGUUGGAAGAGGAUUAUAUUUGGAAAAGUAAUAACUGAAUGAUCCUAAGAUCUUGAACAAAUUAUUUAAGAAAUAACAAAGCUUAGAAAUUUGGAGAUAAUUUGGCUGA